AUGUCGUCUAGUGUGGGUUUGUGGUUUUCAUCCUCUCCCAUCCUAAGUCGUCGAUAUGAUCGCUGGGCAAGGAACCGCUCACCAGCCGAAAGAUGCCCUGCCCUGGCGUGGAUCCACCGGAUCCUUUGCGGGAGAUCAGUGCUGGGGAUAUGUGCGUCUGGUGCCCAUUCUGGAUACUUCGAGGUCCUUUCCUUCACCUGCAUCCCAAGUCUGGCUCGACGUCGUCCCCAACAUCGUCAACCUCAAUGUCAAUCCCAAGGGCAGCAGGCUGUCAAUAUGUUCUUAUCUUCUCGUAAUGAUGUUGUUUUAAUUGUUUUCACAUUAUUACUUCAUUCGGUGACUUCGCAGAGAUUACAAGAAAAGAUCGCCAAGCUUCCUGGAUGCUCGAACAAUUGCAUUGCUUCGGCAGCGACAGCUGCUGGCUGCGCCGCGGAUGACUUCGCCUGUCAAUGCCAGAAACCAGACAGCAUCCUCGGAGUUGUAAGUAGUGUUCUGGGGUCAGUCACUUCGCAGAACAAAUGUUUAGUGACUGAUUGCGGUAUUGUAACCGCCGCAAGUGCCCAAGUACUCUUUAGGCAGAUAUGUGGACUUCUCAAGGAUACUCCAUCAUCUUCCGCUUUACCAGCUCCUAUUGAGAGCACGCCUGCAGCAGCACCACCUCUUGCUGCACCGCCAGAGACGACAACAAUACCACCACCAACUUCAGUCGUUGCGCCACCACCGGAACCCACCGUGGACUUCACGGCUCCUCCUGCUGAUCCAACUUCAACUGAGCAAGUACCUGUUUUUACUUCGAGUACGACUACUCCAGAGCCUGUGAUUCAAAGCACGACUAGUCUUCUCCGGACGACUUCAAGUACACCAGUACCAGUAUUUACUCUACCUCCACAAACAACUCUUCAAUCCACAACAUCACCUCCACCACAUUCAACAUCCUCAACAACACCUCCGUCAUCAAACCUAAUACCAUUCACCUCAUCCACGAUCCCACGAUCUUCCACAUCAUCAGCAGUACAAGAAUCUCUCGCCUCCACUAUUCAAUCAACGUCGUCUUCAACAUCCACAUCAAUAUCAACAAGCUCAUCAGUUCAAGCCGCUCUCCUCGCCUCUUCAACGUCAGCAACUUUCAUGUCCCAAAGCGCAACGCGCCUCCUCCCAUCCACCUCACAAUCUGGAACAUCCUACCAAGCCGAAGCCAACCAAGCCACGCCGACCGCCCAGAAAAUGGCCACAAAACGCAUGUCCCCCGCCAUAAUCGCCGCCAUAGUCCUCGGCGUUCUCUCCUUCGUCAUUCUCUGCACCUUCAUCCUCUUCCUGUUCCGCCGACGCCAGCAAUCGCUUAAAAAGAAGCGAGCGUUCAGCACGAUGACCGCGAUGAGUAGGAAGAGCGGGGAGGAGAUCACGAUAUAUCUUGAUCUGGGAGGGGAGGGGAGGAAUCUUGGUGGGGUGGGGAAGAAGAAGGUGGAGUUUAGAGAUAGUGAGGUUGGGGUUGGGGCUGGGGCUGGGUUCGGGGUUGGGACGAGAGAUAGGGCGAAAUCGAUUCCGUUGAGUGUAACGCCUAGUCUACCGAUGAUGGAGAGGGCGAGAGGGUUCAAUUUCAAAUUUAACUUGAAGAGUGGAUUGAACUCGUUUAGGAGGGAUCCUUGA